AUGACCUCCAUUGAAACGGACUUGUCUGAAGAGCAAGAAGUGCUAGCUGCCACUAUGACUGGCAUAAAGUUUAAUGUAUCGGGUGAUGAAGAUAAUGAGAAGAUGUCAGUCAUGGAAAUUGUUGCAUCAAGUCAGGUGUCUGACCCUAAGCUGGGGUUCCCAAAUUUGAGGAAUCAUUGCACCACCUGUGACGCCAGAGAUUUGGGACAUUGUGAAGGUCAUUUUGGGGUUAUUAAAUUUCCGUACCCAAUAAUCAAUCCAUAUUAUCUAUCAGAAGUUGUGCAGAUAUUAAAUAAGAUUUGCCUUGGAUGUAAAUCAAUUCGCAAAGAUCUAUUGAUAAAGGGAGAUAAGUCGGCAUCCAAACUACGUCAACGCAAGGGGUGUAAAUAUUGUGUUGGGAACUCAAUUGACUGGUAUCCACCAAUGACAUUCAAGAUAUCCUCUAAAGAGCUUUCCAAAAAAAGCACAAUUGUGGUAGAGGUAAGUGAAGACUCUUUAAUGAUGGUCCGAAAGAGAGGAAGGCAAGCCUUACCUGCUGAUUAUUGGGAUUUUAUUCCAAAAGAUCAACAAGAAGAAGAAGAUGGUUUGAUGAAACCACGUCGAAGGGUCCUAUCACAUGCACAGGUUCAUUAUUUACUGAAGGAUGUUGAUCCAGAGUUCAUUAAAAAGUUCAUUCAGAAUGUGGACUCUAUUUUCCUCAAUUGCUUUCCUGUGACACCCAAUAGUCAUCGAGUGACGGAAAUCACUCAUAGAUCUUCUAAUUCACAGCGCUUGAUCUUUGAUGAGAGAACUAGGCUUUACAAGAGACUGGUUGAUUUCCGAGGAGUAGCUAAUGAACUGAGUUCCCAUGUAUUGGAAUGCCUAAAAAUUUCAAAGCUGUUCCAGGAGAAGCCAUCAAAUGAAGAUAAUGAACUUAUCCUUGCCCUGACAAGGAAUAAAGAUCCUGUUUCUAACAUGUCUGGUUUAAGAUACAUGAAAAACGUUCUUCUUGGAAAGCGAAAUGACCAUUGCUUCCGCAUGGUUCUUACCGGAAAUCCAAGUCUUAAACUAUCGGAAAUUGGUAUACCAUGUCCUGUUGCAGAGAGGUUGCAAAUUGCUGAGCAACUGAACAAGUGGAACGAGGAAAGAUUGAAAGCUUGCUGUAAUUUGCGUAUUCUUGAGAAGGGUGAGAUUUGUAUUAGGAGAGAAGGUACAUUAGUUAGAAUUCAUCAUAAUGAAAAGAUCCGACUGGGGGACAUCAUCUAUAGGCCCCUAAAUAAUGGGGAUAUCGUGCUUAUAAACAGACCUCCUUCUAUACAUCAGCACUCUUUCAUUGCCCUAUCUGUCAAAGUUCUACCUGUGAGUUCCUCUGUUUCGAUAAACCCCCUUAUUUGUUCCCCUUUUCGUGGAGAUUUUGACGGUGAUUGCCUUCAUGGUUAUGUUCCUCAGUCCAUCAACACAAGGGUUGAGCUCAGCGAGCUUGUUUCUUUGAAUAGGCAGCUAAUUAAUGGCCAAAGUGGUCGAAAUCUACUUUCACUGAGUCAUGAUAGUUUAUCAGCUGCUUAUUUGGUCAAUGGUGAUGGGGUUCUCUUGAACUUGUACGAAAUGCAACAGCUUGAAAUGUUCUGUCCCAAUCGUUCACCGUCGCCAGCAAUCAUCAAAGCUCCUUUAUUGAGUAAUCCUGUUUGGACUGGAAAGCAGUUAUUCAGCAUGCUCUUUCCUCCCGAAUUGGAUUAUGGUUUUUCUCCAAGUGAUCUUGUUAUCCGUAAUGGGGAGCUUAUAACUUCAUCUGAGGGAUCUUCUUGGUUCCGAGAUGCUGAUGGCAACCUUUUUGAAAGUCUCAUUAAAAAUUGUCGAGGAAAGGUCCUUGAUUUUUUGCAUGGUGCUCAGGAAGUUCUUUGUGAGUGGUUAUCAAUGAGGGGUAUGAGCGUUUCACUCUUGGACCUAUACCUAACUCCUGAUUCAAAUUCACGAAAGAACAUGAUGGAUGAAAUCUUCUAUGGUCUCCAAGAAACAGAGCUGACUUGCAACUUUAAGCAGUUAAUGGUUGAUUCCUUCUGUGAUUUCCUUGCUGGAAAUAAUGAAGAAAUUGAUGGUUUUGUGGGUUUUGAUUUUGAGCGGAUGUGUUAUGAGAAGCAAAGAUCAGCUGCAGUUAAUCAAGCUUCUGUUGAUUCUUUUAAGCAAGUUUUUCGAGAUAUCCAGAAUUUAUCAUACAAAUAUGCAAAUAAAGACAAUUCAUUAUUGACCAUGUUCAAAGCAGGGAGCAAGGGUAACUUGCUGAAGCUAGUGCAGCAUAGCAUGUGUCUUGGACUGCAACGUUCAGUUGUACCUUUAUCAUUCAGGUUUCCUCCUAAACUCUCAUGUUCUGAAUGGAAUGAUCUAAAAUCUCAGGGCUUAACCCAGAGCGGUGAUGACAGUGUUGAAUCUGCAAAGAAUUUCAUCCCAUAUGCUGUGAUCGAAAGUUCUUUUAUGACAGGCCUGAAUCCACUAGAAUGUUUUGUGCAUUCCGUUACUAGUCGAGACAGUUCUUUCAGCGACCAUGCUGACCUUCCUGGGACACUGUCACGAAGGCUUAUGUUCUUCUUGCGUGAUCUAUGCGCAUCAUAUGACGGAACUGUGAGGAAUGCAUAUGGAGGUCAGGUUGUUCAGUUCAGCUAUGGUAGUGAUAAGGGUACAUCUACUGCAACUAGUUUUGCUAAUGAAAUACAAAGUCAGGGCAGUAUCCUACCUGAUGGAACAGGUGGCCAACCUGUUGGUUCAUUGUCUGCCUGUGCCAUUUCUGAGGCUGCAUAUAGUGCUUUGGAUCAACCGAUUAGUCUACUUGAAACUUCACCAUUGCUAAACCUGAAGAGGGUCCUUGAAUGUGGUUCUAGAAGAAGGAAUUCAGACCAGACUAUGACGCUAUUUUUAUCGGAUAAACUUGGAAAGGGGAGACAUUGUUUCGAGUAUGCAGCUUUAGAAAUCAAGAAUUAUUUGGAGAAGUUGAUCUUUUCGGAUAUUGUAUCUACUGUCUUAAUAACCUACUCCCCGCAGAAGUCAACUGAAAACUGUUUCAACCCUUGGGUUUGCCAUUUUCAUGUGUGCAAGGAGAUCAUGAAAAGGAGGCGCCUUUCAGUGCAUUCUAUUAUUGGUUCUCUUCAGAUGCACUACGCCAAUGCCAAAAAAUUAUGGAAAAUCAAUUUGCCUGACAUCCAAGUUACAAGCAAUGGCAGGUCUUGUUCUCAUACUGAUAUGCCAAAUAAAGAUGAUAUGUUUUGUAUCACCGUCACGAUUGUUGAGCCUUCCAAAAGGUCUCAUAUAGAAUUGGAUGUGAUUCUAGCCAUAGUGUUACCUUCCCUUCUGGAAGCAGUUGUAAAAGGAUUCCCGGAGAUCAAGAAGGUGCAAAUUUUAUGGAAUGAUCGAUUCAAAGUCUCAAAAUCUCAUAAAACUUCUCCUGGUGAACUUUACUUGAGGGUAGCUGUAACAGGUGGUUUUGGUAAAACAAAACUCUGGGGCAUGCUUAUGAAUGAUUGCCUUCCAAUAAUGGAUUUGAUCGACUGGACACGUAGUCAUCCAGAUGAUAUUAAUCAGUUUUGCUCGGCAUAUGGCAUAGAUUCUGGAUGGAAAUUUUUUCUCAAUAAUUUGAAGAGCGCUAUAUCAGAUACCGGCAAGACUAUACUAAAUGAGCAUUUGCAUCUUGUCGCCGAUUGUCUGUCUGUUACCGGGGAGUUUGUUGGCUUAAACUCAAAAGGCUUGAGACUACGACAAGAACAUGCAUUUGUCUCAUCUCCUUUUAUGCAAGCAUGCUUUUCAAAUCCCAGUGCUUCCUUUGUCAAAGCUGCAAAGAAAGGAGUUUCGGAUAAUCUUCAGGGGACCAUUGAUGCAUUGUCAUGGGGAAGAGUUCCUUGCAUCGGGACCGGUGCACAGUUUGAUAUACUGUACUCUAUGAAGGAUGAAAUGAUCACCGAACCGGUUGAUGUGUAUAAUCUUCUUGGAAAUAUUGUUGGUUCUCAGAACCAAGAUGUAGAGUUUGAAGUACCCCAAGCUUGUAACAUCAAGUCCGAGAAAUAUGUCUCUGAACUUAUGGAUGCACUUGGUGAUUCUGCCUUUGAACGGCUGAAAAAUAUUGAAACAAAAAUAUUGAGAGAAUUUCUGACGUUAAAUGACAUUCAGAGGCUUUCGCGAACUUUAAAGGAUAUAUUGCACAAGUCUCCUAUUGGCCACCGGUUAAGCGGAGCUGACUGGAAUUCCGCAAUGAUGGCAUUGUACUUUCAUCCGCGAAGAGAUGAGAAGGUCGGAUCUGGAGCUCAAGAAAUAAAGGUAGGGUAUCACCCUGAACAUAAAAAUUCUCGCUGCUUUCUUUUGGCAAGGACCGAUGGGGCAAUCGUAGAUUUCUCGUAUCAUAAAUGCGUUAUCGGGGCUCUUGAGGUCAUCGCCCCCGAUAAGGUCCAAUUCUACAAGUCAAAAUGGUCACAAUCCGGUAAUCUGUAAACCGGCUCCACAAGCACAUGUGCUUGUAAUAUACAGAAAAGACACCCAUUCAUACAAAAUGAUUGCCAUUAAGAACUACAGCAAUGACAUACAAAAACUUUCUACAUUGAACAGUUUGAUAAAAUUCGGGUUUUUACUUGAAAGAUCAAAUCCGGAUCUUAGCCUCACAGCACAGGCAAUGUUGUUCAAAUAUCACAUUGUUUGUAUUCUUUUGUUGUUGAAAUAGGGUCAUCCUCAGCUUCUUUUUGCUCC